AUUGUCUCACAGUGUGCACAUUGUUUGGUGGUACAAACAGAAACAGUGGAAUGACUCGUUAUAAGCAAACUGAUUUUGCUGACGAGGAAACAAGCAGCAUUGGUUCUAUUCAUCUCAACGAGGUUCGUACCAGUCCUAAUAUGCACAUACGUUUUGCAAAUAGGAGCAUUUUUCCGUCGCUAUGGGAUCGUCGUAGUAAAUUGGAGAAAUAUCUUUUAAUCAUCACAUUAGUGUUGUUCAUUCUAUGUGCCAUACUUGCUGUCGUAUCACUGAAAGAAUUCGAGACAGAAACUAGAAUAUUACAUGUCAAACAGCAUCCUUUCAUAGAAAUGCCAUGCUUAGACAAACAUUGUGUAUUUGCUGCUAGCGAAAUAUUGAAGUCAAUUGAUGAUAAAGUUAAUCCAUGUGACGACUUUUACGCUUACUCGUGUAAUCAAUGGAUAAAAAACAAUCCGAUUCCUGAUGGAAAAUCAAUGUGGGGAACGUUUGGAAAGUUAGAGCAACAGAAUCAAUUAGUCGUAAAGAAUGUAUUGGAGAGAAAUUAUACCGAAUUUAAGUCAGAAGCUGAAAAGAAAGCCAAAAUGUAUUAUGAAAGUUGUAUGGAUAGUGAUGAGAUAAUGGAAAAGUUGGGAUCAAAGCCCAUGAUGUCAUUAUUGAAAGAUAUUGGAGGAUGGAAUGUGACAAAUAUAAACUUUAACAUAACUAAAUGGUCACUUCAAAAGGUCUUGCAGAAGCUUCACAACACAUACAACAUGGGCGGCUUAUUCGGAUGGGCAGUGGGUGAAGAUGACAGAAACUCAUCCAAACAUAUAAUUCAAAUUGACCAAGGUGGAUUGACAUUGCCAACACGUGACAACUAUAUUAACAAAACGGCACAGCAUGAGAAGAUUUUGGUUGCUUACUUGGAAUAUAUGACGAAAAUAGGAAUUCUUUUAGGAGCAACAAAUAAAAACGAUACAAGAAGGCAAAUGAAGGAAGUUAUUGACUUUGAGACUCGUUUAGCUGGAAUCACAAUUCCAAAUGAAGAUCGUCGUGACGAAGAAUCUCUUUACAACUUAAUGACACUUACAGAACUUCAAGAUUUAGCGCCUUUUAUUAAUUGGAGAGAUCAUUUCGAAGAUGCAUUUAGACUUGUUAACAGGAAGAUAUCGGACAAGGAAAAGGUCGUCGUGUAUGCGCCAACAUAUUUAAAGAAUCUCACGUUGCUUGUCAACAAUUACACAAGAUCGGAUAAUGGAAAAAUAAUUCUUCACAAUUAUCUGGUUUGGCAAACUGUUCGCAAUUUUGCUGCAUGCUUAUCGAAAGCAUUUCGUGAUGCUUACAAGAAUUUGAGGAAAGCUUUGAUUGGUUCGGAUGGAGGUGAAGAACCUUGGAGAUAUUGUGUCACUGACACAAGCAAUGUUUUGGGAUUUGCAAUUGGCGCGAUUUUUGUACGAGAAGUUUUUCAUGGCGAUUCAAAACCACAGGCUGAAGAAAUGAUUAACGAGAUACGAACAGCUUUCAAGGAAAACUUGAGAAAAUUAUCAUGGAUGGAUAAGGAAACAAGAAUUCUUGCAGAAGACAAGGCUGAUGCUAUUUCUGAUAUGAUUGGCUUUCCUGAUUACAUCCUUAAUCCAUCUCAAUUAGAUGAGAAAUAUAAAGAUCUCGAUAUCGAUGCCAAACAGUAUUUUGAGAACAAUUUAAAAUUAAAUACUUACAAUCUAAAGAAAAAUUUGGAGAGACUCGAUCAACCUGUCAACAAAACGAGAUGGUCAAUGUCACCACCAACAAUUACUCAUGCGUUUGAUGAUCAAGGUCGAGAAUAUGAUAAGUACGGAAAUUUACAUCAAUGGUGGAAUGACAAAACAAUCAACAAAUUCAAAUCACUUACUGAUUGCUUUGUGAAACAAUAUGGAAAUUACAAAAUCAAUGGAAAGAAUUUAAAUGGAAAGCAAACACUUGGGGAAAAUAUUGCUGAUAAUGGUGGAUUAAAAUCGGCAUAUCAUGCUUAUCUGCAAUCGAAAAGGAAUUUGCGACCAUCUGAUACACUUCCAUUACCUGGUCUAAAUAUGACACAACGACAGCUUUUCUUCGUUGCAUUUGCACAAGUUUGGUGUUCUUCAAUAACAGAUGAAACGAUAAACCUUCAAAUUGAGAAAGAUCCACAUAGUCCACCUAAUUUCCGAGUUAUUGGUUCUCUAUCAAAUCUUCCUGAUUUUUCGAAGGAAUUUAAUUGCCCUCUUGGCUCUCCAAUGAAUCCAAAGGAAAAAUGUGAAGUUUGGUAAAAGAAAAAAGUCCAACCAACAUAUUUACAAAAGCCGUUAACAGAAGCCGUUAACGCUUUCUUACAUUAUAUAAGACAAACCAAAGUAUGAUUACAAAUCAUAAAAAAAACUUUGCCAAAUAAUCUUUUUCCAUUAUUGUAUGUAUUUUGUGAGCUUUUAUGUUUGUCUUCUUUCAUAUCAGUCGACUAAAAAUAUGUAUCAAGUGGAAAAGCUUUUUUUUGAGAUGUGCAAUGAAAAGACAAGAAUAAUUAAGGAGAAUUCAGAACAAAUUAAUUUUGCUAUAUAAGAGAAAAAUAAGAAAAAGUCUCCUAAAAAUGUAUAAUUUAUACUGUGAUAAAUAAUAAAAAUAAAUUAUUCUUUACUGUGUAAAUCUCAAA